AUGCAUGAUUCGCUGGAUGCAGGAGAUGCUGCCGAUCAGGCGACCGCACCAACAGGAGCUCAGGAGGAGAUCCCACCAGGAACUCAGGAGGAGAUCCCAACAGGAACUCAGGAGGAGAUCCCAACAGGAACUCAGGAGGAGAUCCCAACAGGAACUCUGCAGGAGAACCCCACAAACACUCCGGAUGAGGCCGUUGCAAGCCAGAAGAACAUGGCAACAGAAACUCAGCAGGAGAUCCCGACAGGAACUCAGGAGAUCCCGACAGGAACUCAGAAGACCCCCACAGACACUCCGGAUGAGGCCAUGCCAGCAGCAACAGGAACUCAGCAGGAGAUCCCGACAGAAACUCAGGAGCCACAGAUCCAUACCAUAGACACACAGUCGACGGUGCCCGGACUCGAGGACUCACAGCUCCCUCCUUGCAUGGAGUGGUCUCGCGAUAUCCAUGGUACCGUACGCGACAUGCUGUUCCAGUGCCCCGAUGUGCCCGCCUCGAACAUCGAUCUGCUGGGUGAGAACCUGGCCAGCUGUGUCCGGAUGAUCCGGGACCAUGUCUGCUUGGGUGCCAGUCUGGAUGUUGGGGAGGUCACGACUCGGCUUGGUUUGGAGAACCUUUCCGAAGAUGAUGCUAGCUGCUGGGGGAGUAUGUUUCGUGCCUUCGAAGCUCAGUAUGAGGCAGCUUGUGUUGCCCAGGAGCAAGCCCUGACAGUGUUUGUGAUGAAGGAACAGCAGGCUGACGAGCUUAAGAAAAUGCUUAGUGAUCACCUGCAAAAGAAGACGCUGUCCCAAGCAAGCUUCGACAGCAAGGUGAAGGCCAUCGAAGCAAACCUUAAGCGGUUCUACGAGGAGAGCCAGGUGGAAACCAAUGCUAAGGUGAGGGAUGCAGUGCUGCAUCAAGACGGGUGUGCCGAUGCACUCCUGGUGAUGUGGGACAAGUUGCCUGUAUCUGCCAAAGCAAGGCUUCCGGUCAGCUUGACUGACAAGGAUGUCUUCGAGGACCCCGGCGACGACCAGGACUUGCUAGAUAUCGAGAAAGCAAUGGAGUCUUUUAUGAACGACAUCCCGGGCCCAAGCUCUACUCUUGCAAUUGUGAAGGCUCGACUUGCAGCAUUAAGCCAAUAUUAUGCAAUGUUUGAGGCCGAGCCGACCCAGCCUGCACACGCUGAUGGGGUGGUGAUCGACCUCUCUGAUGAAGAGGACAGAGUGCCUGAGAAGGCACCGGCAAAGGCGACCCCGGCAAACCCCGAAAGCAAUGCCAAGCGAUCCUGUGCGAGUAAAGCCCUUGCCAGCAAGUCUACGAUCGAACUCAUGGAGGAAGCUAGUAUCAAAUUGGAGUUCUUAUCGUACCUUUUGUUGUAA